AUGAAGUUAUUUCAAUUGAUUGUUGGUCUAGUUUUUGGCGUGCAUGUUGCUCACGGCUUCUACUACUAUAGUACCGCUGGUGAGAGAAAGUGUUUCCAAAAGGAAUUAUCCAAAGGGACUGUGUUGAAGGGUACACACGAACUACAAGUAUAUAUCGAUGAGAUUGGUAAGUAUGGUGUACCAGAAAAGGAUACCAUAAGUGUCAUGAUUGAUGUUGAGGAAAUUUUUGAUGAUAACCACCGUGUUGUGCACCAGAAAGCUCUCCCAUCCUCAGAAUUUACCUUUGUUGCUCUAGAUUCUGGUGAACACAACAUAUGUUUACAAUCUCAGAGUAAAGGUUGGUCUUACAAACCUAAGGUAAAAAUUGAUGUCAACUUUGAAGUCGGUUUCGCUUCUGAAUUGGAUUCUAAGGCAACCACUAAAGUCAAGUUGCUGCACCAAAAGGUUAUCCAAUUGAUUGCUCAAAUCGAGUCAAUUAAGAGAGAACAAAAGCUAAUGAGAGAACGUGAAGUUCUGUUUAGAGAUCUUUCAGAAAUUGUGAACUCUCGUGCUACCUGGUGGGGAAUCAUUACGUUGAUUGUGCUUGGCGCUACAUGUGCUUGGCAAAUGAAGCACCUGGGAAGCUUCUUCGUAAAGCAAAAGGUGUUAUAA